GUGGCCGCCGCGGAGCCUGGCCGCCUCCGGAGAGCGCCCGGGCGCAGAGGGGUUAACGGGCCGCCGGGGCCGCGCAGAGCAGGGAGCACCCCUCUGCGUCCAGAUGACUGAGUAGUGUGUUUACUUCCGGUCCCCUCCUCCUUUGCCCCAUCGAGGAGGAGUGAUGGAGAAGUGGGCAGGCAGGCCCCCGUUUGGUCUGAUGCUGCUUCUGACCCUCCCGCAGCUCUGCCUGGAUCAGGAGGUGAGCCAGGGACCAGAGGCUGUGAUGCUUGUCUCUCCCCUGACCUCCCACCCACCUCUCCAGGUGUUGUCUGGACACGCUCUUCAAACACCCCCCGAGGACGGCCAGGGCCCUGCGGGCGUCUGGGGUCCUUGGCACCAGUGGGCCCCUUGCUCCCAGCCAUGUGGGGUGGGGGUGCAACACAGGAGCCGGACUUGUCAGCUCCCUACAGCUCAACUCCACCAGGGCCCACCCUUCCCAUCCCGGCCCCCAAGAAAUCCAGAAAUCUUGCUCCCCCGGAGUCAGGGCCCCAGACCCCAAACUCCCCAAGAAACUCUCCCCCUGUACAGGCCACAGCCUCGAGGAAGAGGUGGCCCACUUCGAGGUCCUGCUUCCCAGUUAGGGAGAGAGGAGGCCCAGGAGAUCCCGGGAGCCAGGAGGUCCCGGGUUCGAGACCCCAUCAAGCCAGGAAUGUUUGGUUACGGGAGAGUGCCUUUUGCUUUGCCACUCCAUCGGAACCGCAGGCACCGCCAGAGACCACGCAGAUCUGAGCUCUCCCAGACCUCAGAGCUUCUUCCAUCCCUGACUCCAGGAGCAGAGCCAUCCUCUGCAAACCACACCCCUCAAACUCACUUCCCUCCUAUGCAACCAUCUGCUCACACCCUGUCCCCCGCUGCAGAAUCCCCAGGCCCUGAGGCUGCUCGGACAGAGGUGCCUUCGAGAACCAGGCCCCCUCCCAGGGCUCAGGCCUCUGGCAAAGAGCCCCCCUCGCUUACCCCCUCCCCAGGAGACAGUGGCUCCUUCCAUGUGUCCCCUGAGCCAAGAAUGCCAAGUUCCCAGGGUUGGGCCAGUCCCCAGGUGGCAGAGAGACACCCUAAUCCUUUCCUUUCUGUCCCUCGGGGCUGGGGCCGAGGCCAACAGAGCCCGGAGCACUGGAGAUCUGGGGGGAAUCGCCACAGGUCCCCCGCAGAGUCUGCCCCUCGCUACCAGGAUGGCUGGUUGCCUCUGCUAAGGGAUGGCCCCCGCUCCAGCUCCCAGUGGAGCCUCUUUGCUCCCAGUAGCCCCGUCCCAAGAUGUUCUGGGGAGAGUGAGCAGCUGAGAGCCUGCAGCCAAGCGCCCUGCCCCCCUGAGCAUCCAGACCCCCGGGCCCUGCAGUGUGCAGCCUUUAACUCCCAGGAGUUCAUGGGCCAGCUGUACCAGUGGGAACCCUUCACAGAAGUUCAGGGAUCCCAACGCUGUGAGCUGAACUGCCGUCCCCGUGGCUUCCGCUUCUAUGUCCGUCACACGGAGAAGGUCCAGGACGGGACCCUGUGUCAGCCAGGAGCCCUAGACAUGUGUGUGGCGGGACGCUGUCUGAGCCCUGGCUGUGACGGGAUCCUCGGCUCUGGCAGGCGUCCAGAUGGCUGUGGAGUCUGUGGGGGGGACGAUUCUACCUGUCACCUCGUCUCGGGGAACCUCACUGACCGCGGGGGCCCCCUGGGUUAUCAGAAGAUCCUGCGGAUUCCGGCCGGAGCCUCCCGGCUCCAGAUUGCCCAACUCCGGCCCAGCUCCAACUACCUUGCGCUUCGAGGCCCUGGGGGCCGGUCCAUCAUCAACGGGAACUGGGCUGUGGAUCCCCCGGGGUCCUACUCGGCCGGCGGGACCGUCUUCCAGUACAACCGUCCUCCUCGGGAGGAGGGCGCAGGCGAGAGCCUGUCCGCCGAGGGCCCCACCACCCAGCCCGUGGAUGUCUACAUGAUCUUUCAGGAGGAAAACCCAGGUGUUUUUUAUCAGUAUGUCAUCUCUUCACCUCCUCCGAGCCCUGAGAGCCCCCCAGCGGCAGAGCCCCGUGUCCCCCAGCUCCAGCCGGAGAUUUUAAGGAUAGAGCCCCCACCUGCUUCAGCGCCCCGCCCCACCCGGACCCCCGGCACCCUCCAGCGUCAGGUGCGGAUCCCCCAGAUGCCUGCCCCACCCCACCCCAGGACACCCCUGGGGUCUCCAACCGGAUUCUGGAAACGAGUGGGACACUCCGAGUGCUCAGCAUCCUGUGGAAAAGGCGUUUGGAGCCCCAUCUUCCUCUGCAUUUCUCGAGAGUCAGGAGAGGAACUGGAUGAACGCAGCUGUGCUGUGGGCACCAGACCCCCCGUCUCUACGGAACCCUGCCACGGCCCCCCGUGUCCCCCAUACUGGGAGGCCGGUGAGUGGACGUCCUGCAGCCGCUCCUGUGGCCCUGGCACCCAGCACCGCCAGCUACGCUGCCGGCAGGAGUUUGGGGGGGGUGGCUCCUCAGUGCCCCCCGAGCGCUGUGGACACCUCCCCCGGCCCAACAUCACCCAACCCUGCCAGCUGCGCCUCUGUGGCCAUUGGGAGGUUCGUUCCCCCUGGAGCCAGUGUUCUGUGCGCUGUGGGCGCGGCCAGAGGAGCCGGCAGGUUCGCUGUGUCGGAAACAACGGUGAUGAAGUGAGCGAACGGGAGUGCGCGUCAGGACCCCCGCGGCCCCCCAGCAAAGAGGCCUGUAACAUGGGGCCCUGUACGAUGGCCUGGUUCCACAGCGACUGGAGCUCCAAGUGCUCAGCCGAGUGUGGGACUGGCAUCCAGCGGCGUUCUGUGGUCUGCCUCGGGAGCGGGGAGGCCCGUGGGGCAGGCCAGGAGGACGCGGGCGCGGGAACCAGUGAGCAGAGCUGUGCCCUGGGAAGCCGCCCCCCAGACAUGCGUGCCUGCAGCUUGGGCCCCUGUGAGAUGACAUGGUGCUGGUACACGGGGCCCUGGGCUGAGUGCUCCUCAGAUUGUGGCUCAGGCACACAGCGUCGAGAUGUCAUCUGUGUGUCCAAACUGGGGACUGAGUUCAACGUGACUUCUCCUAGCAACUGUUCCCACCUGCCCAGGCCCCCUGCCCUGCAGCCCUGUCAGGGGCAGGACUGCCAGGACCGAUGGUUCUCUACACCCUGGAGUCCGCUGGGGUCUCCCCAGUGUUCUCGCUCCUGCCAGGGUGGUGUGCAGACAAGGGAGGUCCAGUGCCUGACUGCCAACCAGACUCUCAGCACACGCUGCCCGGUUCACCUGCGGCCCUCCAGGAAACGGCCCUGUAACAGCCAACCCUGCAGCCAGCGCCCUGAUGACCAAUGCAAGGACAGCUCUCCACACUGCCCCCUGGUGGUCCAGGCCCGGCUCUGCGUCUAUCCCUACUACACAGCCACCUGUUGCCGCUCUUGUGCCCAUGCCCUGGAGCGGUCUCCCCCGGAGCCCGCCUGAAAUGGGUCCAGGAGAACCUCUCCUCAUGGUUUCUCAUGCCACCGUCGGUCACCCAUCAAUCGGCUCGCUUUGCACCCUCUGGCUCUCCACUUUGUCCUAGCCUCACCAGGGAUGUCCCCCAGGGUGGUUGAAGGAGGCAAGAUGACUGACAGUGACUAUCAGACGUGUGGUUGGGUCUGUGUGGUGGUGGUGAUGGUGUAUGUGCACAUAUGUCCCCAAAUGUGUAUCUGGACCUGCAUGGGCGUGUGUGCACUCACCAGUGUGUGUCACUUCUCACAAAGAAGUUAGACUGUGAAGGAAGGGGGAGGGGAUGGUGGCGGUUUCCCCGAGACUUUUCUAGGCUGAGAGGAGAGCAAGUUUGCAGCUCCUUAGUAAUCCGAGCUGCUUAGUGACUGCCCGCCCACAAUCAAUUCCAACUUUGUGCCCUAAACCUCAGUUCUUGUGGUCAGGCCUCACUUUCCUAAACCACCCUUUUGUCCUCAGACCCCUUCUCCCCUUACCUCGUCUCUCUAUCCCACCCCUCACAGUUAAUUAGCUAGGGGUGGGGGUCAGCCACUGCCAAGCUUGUCUUAUCCCAGGAAAAGUGACUAACGUCCCAGAACCGGGACCAGCUGGGCAGAAGAUGGAAAGAGAAAGGUUAGAAUAAGGCAACCUAGCCCCUGCUCCUGCUGCCCACCUCCUGAAAUGGUCCCCACCCCAGAACUAAUUUAUUUUUUAUUAAAGAAGAUUAUGACAAAUGAGAAACAGGCUCUUUAUUGUCUUCAUGGAAACCCAGCCGUACGGGCCACCUACACAGGCAGUGUCCGGUCAGAAUGAAGGGUGAGAAGAGGCAACAGCACUCAGCCGUGUGUGGGGGACAGGAAGAGCCCAGGUGGAGAGAAUCUGGGCCCAGAAAGGCUAAUGUGUGAGCCCCCAUCACCUGAGCUCAGAAGCCUGGGUCCCAGGGCUAGGAUCCUGGCCAGCCACAGCCCCUGCAGAUUGGUCAUUGGCCACUAGAGGUCAUCACUUCUCCCAGUUUAGGUUAUGGAGUUGGGAGCUUGGGUCUGUGGUGAGUUUCUCGGUAGGCUGGGUCUUUCUGUCAAGUCUCUUGGAAUCUAAUAGCACUACUUUCAAUUUGGGGCUGAGCUGAAAUGGCAGCCAGCUUUUCAAGGGUCUUUU